GGUCACGUGCCGGCGUGGCGAAGAUGCCUACGCGCCUGCGCGCAGCCGGCCGCCCAGCCGAUCCUGCGGGGCGGUGCGGGCUCUGGCUGACGCGCCGGCGGCCGCGUCUCCUCUCGGCUUCACCACCAGCCGGGGCUCGGGCCGGGGCCCGGGCCCCCGGGACAUGACUUCCCAGAGUCCGCAGGGCGACAGCCCCACCUCCAGUCUCCCGGACAGAGGCGCGGAGACGGCAGCCUUUAAUGGGAAAAGGAAAAAGAAAGUGGCAGAGAUAUACCAGGCUCUGAACAGCGAUCCCACUGACGUGGCUGCCCUCAGACGCAUGGCCAUCAGCGAAGGGGGGCUCCUGACUGACGAGAUCAGGCGGGAAGUGUGGCCCAAGCUCCUCAACGUCAGCACCAGCGACCCACCUCCUAUAUCCAGGAAAAGCCUACGAGAGAGCAAGGACUACCAGCAAGUGCUUCUGGACGUCCGGCGGUCGUUGCGGCGCUUUCCUCCUGGCAUGCCGGAAGAACAGAGAGAAGGGCUCCAGGAAGAACUGAUCGACAUCAUCCUCUUCAUCUUGGAGAGCAACCCUCAGCUGCAUUACUACCAGGGCUACCAUGACAUCGUGGUCACGUUUCUGCUGGUUGUAGGAGAGAGGCUGGCAACGUCGCUGGUAGAAAAAUUAUCUACUCACCACCUCAGGGACUUCAUGGACCGGACAAUGGACAACACCAAACACAUACUAAACUAUCUGAUGCCCAUCAUCGACCGGGUGAACCCCGAACUCCACGACUUCAUGCAGAGUGCCGAGGUGGGGACCAUCUUUGCCCUCAGCUGGCUCAUCACCUGGUUUGGGCACGUGCUGUCUGACUUCCGGCACGUCGUGCGGUUAUACGACUUCUUCCUGGCCUGCCACCCCCUGAUGCCCAUUUACUUCGCCGCGGUGAUCGUGUUGUAUCGAGAGCAGGAAGUCCUGGACUGUGACUGUGACAUGGCCUCCGUCCACCACCUGUUGUCCCAGAUCCCUCAGGACCUGCCCUAUGAGACACUGAUCAGCAGAGCCGGAGACCUCUUUGUUCAGUUUCCCCCGUCUGAACUCGCGCGGGAAGCAGCGGCCCAGCAGCAGGCGGAGAGAACGGCAGCCUCUACCUUCAAAGACUUUGAGCUGGCGUCAGCCCAGCAGAGGCCUGACAUGGUGCUGCGGCAGCGCUUUCGGGGACUUCUGCAGACCGAGGAGAGAACGAAGGACGUCCUGACCAAACCAAGGACCAACCGCUUUGUGAAGCUGGCGGUGAUGGGGCUGACGGUGGCGCUCGGCGCGGCCGCGCUGGCCAUGGUGAAGAGCGCCCUGGAGUGGGCCCCGAAGUUCCAGCUGCAGCUGUUCCCCUAGAGGCCGGGGAAGGUGCUUCCUCCGGCGUUACUCCGAGGCCUCGCCCUUCUGCCGAAGGGUGGGGAGGGGUGGAAUGUCCUUUAUUAAAAGGGUUUCUGUCAAGGGUUUUCUAUUCCUACCAGCCUUCCCGGCCUGUCCGUGGUUUGCCUUCGCCUCAGAGGCCAGGAACAGAGCCUGCCCGACCCUGGGCACAGGCCCGGUGUAGAGCUCUUCCCCGCACAGUGGGCUUCCGAGUGGGCUCUCCGCUGCCGCCUCUUGUGUUGGAGGAAGUGGUUUGUUUGUUUUUUUAAGCUCCCAACUGCCUUUGGAACCUACUAGGCCUGGUUACUGGGGACCCUUUUGGCUGCCUAGUAGUAAGAUGGAACACUGAAUGCCCGCCUCAAAGCUCCUCCUGUCCUGUCUGUUCUGGCCGGACGAAGAGGGAAGGAGCCACUGCCAAAGAACUCGGACAGCGGCACGAAGGCGAGGGGCAGAGCAGGUCAGCCCGGGAACAAGAUCCACCCGUCUUAGGAGCCGCUCCGUCAGCUGGUCAGAAAUCAAAGGGACACAUGGGAACUAGGUUACUGGGUGAAGCCUGCCACUUUUCAGCCUAGAGGUCACAGGUACUGUCAAUCAAGUGAGAAGGGAUGUUGAAUACCAGGGCCCAGACGUAGACUGGCUUUACCUGCCCUUUUUUUUCUGCCUGUUCUCUUCCACAAGCCACAUGAAGUUGCUUAUAUAAGACAGUUUUUUAAAAUAUUUUAUUUAUAUAUUUUUAGAGAGAGAGGAAGGGAAGAAGAAAGACAGGGAGAGAAACAUCAAUGUGUGGUAGCCUCUCGCACACCCCCUACUGGGGACCUGGCCUGCAACCUAGGCAUGUGCCCUGACUGGGAAUCGAACCCUUGACCCUUUGGUUUGCAGCUGGGCGCUCAAUCCACUCAGCCACACCAGCCAAGGCAUAUAAAAGACACUUUGAUUGCUAUUUUUAGAAUUAUGUAACACCCAUCACAUAAAGCACCCUCACUUUAAAAAUAAUAGUUCCUGGAAAAAAUUAGUUCUCAUUGGAAGGAUGAGCUUCAAAGA